AUGACGGAACAAAAUAACUUAGUCUGGAUACCAGAUCCGGACAAAAUAUUUACACUAGCUGAAGUAGCUAGAAUCGAGAGUGUUAAGAAUGCUCGCACUAAUGUUGAGGAAGAGAUGGCCACAGUUCGAAUAAUGGAAACUGGUGAAGAACUCCAGAUUGAAAAAUCAAACUUAUCGCCAUCUAAUCCUACCUCCUUUGACAAGGUUGAUAAUAUGUCCGAAUUGACCCAUUUAAAUGAGGCCUCUGUUCUACAUAAUUUGGAAAAGAGAUAUAAAGAUGACAUGAUAUAUACGUAUUCUGGUCUCUUUUUAGUAGCCAUUAAUCCAUAUUGUAAUAUUAAAAUAUAUACCCAAGAAUACAUUAAUUUGUAUAAUGGGUCAUCCAAAGAAGACAACAAACCACAUAUUUAUGCAAUUGCUGAGGAAGCUUAUCAAAAGCUUUUAACAGAAAAGCAAGACCAAUCUGUUUUAGUUACUGGUGAAUCUGGUGCUGGUAAAACCGAGAAUACAAAAAAGAUUCUUCAGUAUUUAGCCUCAAUCACGUCAAAUAAAAGCAAAUAUUCCGAAGCAGACCUUCUAGUAUCGCAAAAUGAUAAUGAAAUAAAUCAAUUUGAAAGCUUUGAGAUGAAAAUAUUACAGAGUAAUCCGAUUUUAGAGUCAUUUGGUAAUGCUCAAACAGUGCGUAAUAAUAAUUCAUCAAGAUUUGGUAAAUUUAUUAAAAUUGAAUUUGAUGAAAGAGGGAAAAUAAAUGGUGCACACAUUGAAUGGUAUUUGUUGGAAAAAUCAAGGGUUAUCAAUCAACACCCAGAGGAAAGAAACUAUCAUAUUUUUUAUCAGUUAUUAGCAGGUCUAUCAUUGCAAGAAUUAAGAAAAUUAGAAUUGACUUCUAAAUCGGUUUCAGAUUACAAAUACUUAUCGAAAUCCAAUCCUUCUAUCCCUGGUGUCAAUGAUGCUCAGGAUUUUCAAGACCUUUUAAAAGCAUUUACAACCGUUGGCUUUACACACGAGGAAGUAAAUAAUAUAUGGCAAGUUCUCUCGAUUAUAUUGCAUAUUGGGAACGUUGACUUCACAUCAGAGAAAUCUCAACAGGCCACAUUCAAAAACGAUCCGUCAACAUUGGCCAAAUUACUAGGUGUAACUGAAAAAGAAUUCACAACUGCAGUGUUAACACCUAAAACAAAGGCCGGCAAAGAAUGGGUGACACAAUCCAAAAAUGCUAGCCAAGCUCGAUUCAUUUUAAACUCCUUAUCGCGAACGCUGUAUGAAAAAUUGUUUUCUUUCAUUGUCGAGAGAAUCAAUAAUAGUUUAGAUCAUAGUUCAAUGACGGCCAAUUACAUUGGAUUGCUUGACAUAGCAGGAUUUGAAAUUUUUAAACAUAACUCCUUUGAACAAUUAUGCAUCAAUUAUACCAAUGAAAAGCUUCAACAGUUCUUCAAUCAUCACAUGUUUGUCUUGGAACAAAAUGAAUAUAUGAAAGAGAAUAUCCAAUGGAAUUUUGUUGAUUUUGGAAAAGAUUUACAAGCAUCAAUUGAUCUAAUAGAAAAUAAGAGUUCUCCGACAGGUGUACUUCCAUUGUUAGAUGAAGAAUCCAUUUUACCAAAUUCAUCUGAUGAUUCCUUCUUCUCAAAAUUAAUUUCCACAUGGGAUCAAAAAUCUCCUAAAUUUAUCCGAUCAAAGUUACCACAGUGUUUUGUGCUCAAACAUUAUGCUGGGGAAGUAGAAUAUAAUAUAGAAGGAUGGCUAUCCAAAAAUAAAGACCCAUUGAGCGAAUGUAUGAUUUCAAUGCUGUCUUCUUCAACGAACGAAAUUGUUACCAGCUUUUUUAAUGAAUCUAAUAAAAACGUGCGGGGCAGUUCAUUUAGAACUGCAUCAGCACGCCACAGAGAACAACAAAUGUUGCUACUAAAGCAAUUAGAGACUACACAUCCACAUUUUGUUCGUUGUAUUAUACCAAAUAAUAGAAAGAAAGCGAAGGAUUUUGAUCGAAAAUUAAUUUUGGAUCAAUUACGCUGUAAUGGGGUUUUGGAAGGUAUCAGAAUUGCUCGUGAAGGUUAUCCAAACCGUAUAUUUUUUAAAGAGUUCUUCCAAAGAUAUAGACUUCUGUCAGACGAAAAUCAUUUUGCAACCGGUUUCAAAAAGAAUUGUGAGAUUUUAUUAUCGUCAUUGCAUUUAGAUCCUAGUCUGUAUAAGAUAGGUACCUCUAAGCUAUUUUUUAAAGCGGGUGUCCUCGCUGAACUGGAAACUAAGAAGGAUCAGAGAAUUAGAUCUAUCGUUAUUCGUUUCAAUUCACAUCUCCGAGGUAGAAUAAUACGAAAGAUGACAGAUGAAAAACUCAUGAAACUAAGGGCUGCAAGAGUUCUUGGGAACUCUUUCAGAACAUAUAAUCGUUUACUAGAAGAUCCAUGGUAUAACUUGUAUGUUAAAAUAAAACCGCUUGUCAAUUCUGCACAGGAUAUAACGAAAACAAAACAGUUUACUGAACAGGUCAAAGCAUUGGAACACAAACUGCAACUGAUUGAGGAAGAACGUGACUCAGCUAAGGAGAAAUCCAGUAGAACUAGCAAGGAUCUAGAAAAAAUUCGAAGUAUUCUCGAGAAGGAAAGAAACUCUUUGAAAGAGAAUGAGAACACACUUAUUAAAGUAAAGAAUGAACAAAGAACAUUGCAGGGUCGCUUAGAGGAAGCAAUUUCUAUAAAAGACAAAUUGGAGGGUGAGACAACUGAAUUGAAAAGCCAAUACGCAAAGGCCUCAGAAGAACUUGAGAAAUCAAAAGAUUUAUCAGCUGAAAAGGAAAAGUUCAUUGGAACAUUACUUGAGAAAAAAUCUGCUUUGGAAGAUAAACUAUGUUCGUUGGAAACCGACUUGGAAAAUAAAAAAGAAAAUUAUUCCAAUAUAGUGGCGGCUAAACAAAAAGCUGAACAAGAAAGCAAUGACCUAAAGCAAAGAGAGCAAUUGAACCAAGAAGAAAUAAGAGCAUUGAAGAAAAAACUAGAAAUGUCAGGGGAGGGUUUAGAUAUUAAGCUAGCCACUUUGGAAAAAAAUUGUCAUGCAGCUAAAACACGUCUUGAGUCACUAGUUGGAGAAAACGGUGACCUACGAAAUAAACUAACUCUUUCGAGGAAAGAGUCUAAAAAUCUAGGUAAUCAAUUGAACUUAAAAGAGGCCGAAAUUUCUAGGUUGAGAUCAAAAAUGGAUCAACAUCAAAAAGAAAUCAUAUCCGUUUCAAAUCAAAGAGAUGAACUGAUAAAUGAACAAAAUAAUGCUGUUUCAGAAUUGAACAGAACAAAAAAAGAGCUCUCCAGUAUUAAAUUAGAAUACCAGAAAUUAGAGGAGGAAAUGAAGAUCUUGAAAAGUCAUAGUGAGGAAACCCAAAAUCUACAAAAAGGACAACAAGAAGAUACCAGUAGGGUAAGAAAUUUAGAAAAGAGACUUUCCGAAGAAAUAUCUCUAAACGAGUACCUAAGUAGGAAACUUUCAAGUAAUUUGCAAGAAGAAAUGCACCCUUCUCUAAAAGGGAAUAUUUUUUUUAGUGAAGAUGUAAGUAAGGAUCAACUCAUUGCAUAUUUCAACGACAUGAAGUUGAAGUUGGAUGAUGCUACAAAAGAUCUUGAACAUCAAAUUGAAGAAAAGAAAGAUUUAAUUGCAAAGCUGAGAUUCACCGAAACAAGGUUAGCCUCUUCUUCUUUUGAUUCCCAAAUGAGGCGCGCCCAGCUCAAGAAGUUGAAAGAAAUAGUCGAGAAAACAAACCCUUCCUUGGACUUAGCUCGAGAACUAGAAAAUGUCACUGAUGAAGGUGUGAAUGUAGAAAAGUUAAUUCUAGAAGUUGAAUAUCUGAAAAGGCAAUUAGAACUAGAAACCAAGGCUCAUUAUGAUGCCGAAAAUGUAGCUUCUGCCUUACAUGAAAAAUUUACCAGAAUUCAAAGAGUGGAUUCUUCUUCAGAUAUUUUCAAACUGAAAUAUGAGGCCAGUGAGGAACGGGUGAAAGGGCUAGAACAAAAGUUAAAAUCCACACCAUUGAAGGAUAGAACCAAUAUACCCGUGGGUGAUAUUUUCAAAAACAGAGAAAGUAUUUCAAAGUACGAAGAGGACGUAAAAUUUCAUAAACUCGAGAACUACAAAUUACAAGAAAAUUUGGUCGACUGCCACAAUACUAUUUCUAGAUUAAAGCAUGAUAUUAUUCAACAUGGAAAUAAAGAAAGGUUGUUAAUAGAGCAAUUGGAUCACCUUCAAACGGAGCUUCAAUCAUCGGAGCAUCAAAAGGAUUUAUACGCUACUACCAUGAAACAACAGAAAGAACAAUAUCAAAACUGCCUAGAAGACCUGGAAACAAAUGAGAAUCAAUUGAGCGAGUACAGUCUCGCGUUAAAGCAAGCUGAAGACAAUAUUCAAAGCAUGUCUGGCAUUAUUGAGAAUCAGAAACUCCAAAAUAAACAAAAGGAUAAACAAAUAUGGGAAAAAGAAAUUGAAAAGAAUGAACUUGAUAUGGAACUACAAGAAAAAUCAAUAGAAUUGAAAAAGAUCCAAGAUCUCAAUCAAAUGUUAGUAUCAGACAUCGCACACUUAAAAGAGAGAUUAGCAACAGUGCAAGACAAUUCCAAAUAUAUUAAUGAAAUCAAUGAUCUUAAAGAAGAAUUGAAUAGAAACCUACAGUCAGAAACUGCUCUCAAAAAAGAAGUAUCAACUUUGAAUUAUGAACUGAAAUCCUUAAGUAACGAAAGUGAAGGUAAAAUAAGUGAAUUAUUGAAACAAGUUGAACAUUAUUCGAAUUUGGCAAAUGUUCUCAGUAAUGAGAGAGAUAUAUCGGAUGCUUCUCAAAAGGAAUUAUCAAAACGCCAUGACGAGUUACUAGCUAAAGUCCAAACGCUAACUGCAAAUAUUGAGUCACUAACAAAUGAGAAAACUCAACUAAUAUCCCAAGUGGAGCAAUUGAGGACAUCAAUUGGUAAAACCACUGAUGAUUUCGAAAAAUCUUUAAACGAAAAAGACAGUAUUUCCAUAAGAAUUAAAUAUUUAGAAGAAACAUUAGAAUUGCAAAGAGAACAAAACUCACGGAAUGGAGAAUUAAUGAAGAAGUUGCAAAAUGAUGCGGAGGUUCUAAAAUCAGAACUAGAUGGAGAAAAGAAAAACAAUAUAAGUCUCUAUGAAGAAAAUCAAACUUUGAUAAAUGUCAAUUCCCAAUUGAAUAAGAAGAUGGGAAAUCUGGAAGAAAAACUAUCUGAUCCUAAGGAGAAGGAUGCUUGGUUGAGUAAAAUCCAUGAACUUGAGGAACUUGUUAAAAAAGAAACCAAUUUGAAAUACGAAGAAGUUAAGAAAACUAAAAAUUUGGAGCGUGUUAUUAAUGAAUUAACAGAAAGGAAUGGAAAACAGACUGACAUAAUAAAUUUGGCAAACCGAGAGAGACAAGGAAUGGAGAAAACAGCUAUGAAUUAUAAUAAUCAUAUUAAUGAAUUGGAAGAACAUAUAAAGAAACAAGGAAUGGACUUGAAAAAAUGUGUCAGGGAUAAUGCAUAUUAUCAGGACCGAGUUAUGGAAUUGGAAAAAGAGAUGAACUUUUGGAAGGAACAAUACCAUUCAUUAAAUUCAGAUAGAAAAGAGAUAGCAGGCGUACGAACCGAAGAAGUCAUGAUGUAA